AUGGCUGAGAAAACGAAUGUGACUGGUGAUCAUGAGCCUGGAAAAACUGUAAUAUUUCUUGAUAUUAUUAUACCCUUAUCUCUUCAACUAUCUUCAAUCGAUCGCUUCAAUGUCUUCAGUCGAUUUCAUUAUCUUCAACCGAUCGAAGUGAAAGAUGAUGAUAUUUUCGGAGUUGAUUUUUUAGGAUUCCAUGGCCCAGCUGCCAAGCUAAGGCCUCAACUUGCACUCGGUGAUCCUGAAUCACCACCUGAAAAGGAACCUGUUCAAGAUAUUCUAGCACAUCGCCUGUGGCUCAGCUUCUUCAUUGAUCGUUUUGAGCAUGAAGCUGAAAGGCUUGAUGUUUGGGCUAUGUCUGUUCCUCUUCCUGGCUCCAAAGAGAUCAUCACACCCUGGAAGCCUAAGAUUAACCCAGAGAAAUGGAUUGAACAUGCAAGAACAGUGUUUGAUGUUGACCCAUGGAUUGCUUUCUCUUUAGGUGCUAGAUUUCCUACAAAUUCUCCUCUAAAGAUGGAACUAACUCACUUGGUUCAGGUAGGAUGUGGUGUCACUGCCGGAUGGUGUAUCUGCUUAUCUGUUACAACAAUGGGAUUCAUCCAUGUUUAUAAGACUACAUAUUAUCUUCUGGAUCCCCUUCAAAAGGACCUAGAUGCAUUCACUGCAACUAUUGUUGUGAGUAUUGCCUUAUCUUUCAUUCCUGCUUCGUUAGUUGUUGCUAUUAUGAAGAGUAGGCUUAGAGCAAUGGUUGCAAGAGAUGAGUUCGGAAGAAGAAGAAACAAGGCUACAAUUAUAGUUCAGGUUGAUCUUGAAUAA